AUGGCUACCAUGGCCGACCUCGCCACUGAAAAACACGACACAGCUGCUCUUGCAGCAGCCAUCUCGAAAGAUGAAGUCCUUCAUGAGAGGGCCCAGGCUGCCACAGAGCAUGAAAAGAAAUCCAAGUUUUUAGAUGCAAUUCGUCUGUACCCAACCGCUGUUGCCUGGUCCAUGUACUUCUCUCUGGGCAUCCUGAUGGCCAGCUUCGAUCCUCAACUUGUUGGAAACCUGUUCGCCAUCCCUGCCUUCCAACGAGACUUCGGCUACAAGUUCCAAGACGGAUACAUCAUCUCCGCUCCGUGGCAGACUGGCCUGAUGAUGGGAAGCCCCAUCGGUCAGGUAGUUGGAGCACUAUUCGCGGGAUAUCCGAUGGACUGGUACGGUCGCAAGAAAACAUUCAUGGCAUGCGUCUUUGCAACAACUGGCCUUGUCUUCUUCCAGUUCUUCGCGAGGUCACUAUCGGUCUUACUCGCCGGCGAAUUGCUUGGUGGUUUGGUUCUGGGUUGUUACGUUGUCAUCGCACCGGCAUAUGCAUCGGAAGUGUGUCCGGUGGCCCUCCGAGGCAUGCUCACGGCUUUUGUCAACCUGACGUUCGUCACUGGUCAGUUGCUCGCCUAUGGAGUCGCGGCGGGAACCCAAAAGAUCGACAACCACUGGGCCUAUUCCAUAGGCUUCUCCCUCCAGUGGCUGUGGCCUAUCCUCAUCUUUGCUGGAAUGCCAUUUGCACCGGAGUCUCCCUGGUGGCUAGCUCGAAAGGGUGACUAUGAUGCUGCGGAGAAGGCGUUACGGAGCCUUUCAUCUUCCAAAGUCGACGUCAAGUCCACUCUGGCCAUGAUCAUCGAGACAGAUCGUUUUGAGCGCGCCAUGGAGGCCGGAAGCACAUAUCGGGACUGCUUCAAGAAGAUCAAUCGUCGUCGAACUGAGAUUGCUCCUGGCGUUUAUUCAAUUCAGGUCUUGUCAGGUAUCUAUAUGUUGGGAUUCGUCACCUAUUUCUUUCAGCUGGCUGGCCUUGAAGGUGAGAAGGCAUUCGAUAUGGGCCUAGGAUACCUCGCAUUAGGCUGGGUGGGGACCAUAUGUUCGUGGUUCCUGCUCCUGAAGGUCGGCCGUCGACGUAUUUACAAUACUGGUUUGUUCAUCAUGUCCUUUUUAAUGAUUGUGAUUGCAAUUUUGGACUGUGCACCAAAUUAUCUCAAUCGGCCUGCCGUCAUCUGGACGCAGUCUUCCUUGAUGAUCCUUUGGAACUUCUUCUUCGAUUUAUCUAUCGGCCCGGUCGCUUACGUCUUAUUCUGCGAAGUACCCGCUACAAGGGUACGAAGUAAGACCAUUGCAUUUGCCACGGCAGCGCAAGCUACUAUUGGCAUUGUUAUGACCGUCGCAAUUCCAUAUAUGAUCAACCCGGAUCAGGCGAACAUGCGAGGGAAGUGCGGAUUCUUCUUCGGUGGCAUCUCUUUCCUUUGUUUUAUUUGGGCGUAUUACCGAAUCCCGGAGACCAAAGGGCGAACCUUCAAGGAACUAGAUAUCAUGUUUGAGUUGGAAGUUCCAACUAAGGAGUUCAAGAACUAUGUUGUUGAUUUCAGCACCUCGGUACGAGACACCAAAGAGGUUUGA